AUGGGAGAGCCACUGUCUGACGAAAUCUACCUGCCCCCCUUGGAACCGUGUCUCAAGGGCGAGACGCUCAUUCUAUCAUGGAGUAUUGUUGCUUCAGCAUUGAUGGAUCCUUCGGGUCAUCGUCAGAGCAGCCAGAACAUCCUUGACUUCUUCACCGACCCCCUCGUCCAGUCAUUCUUUACCCAACCCGGCUCUGCAUUCGAGGCGCCGGGCAAGAAGGACUAUCACCAUGCCCAUGCGACCUUUGUCAAGAAGACUUCUGCUAUCCACGUCACCCCGACCACGAACGACAAGUACGACAUAAACGUCAUUACGGAAGACGCUGGAUGGCUGAGCCAGACUGCUGGCAUCAGCGAGGUAGCUGCUCUACGAGUCGCCGUGAUCGAACAUCAGUCUCGACCUAGGAGUCAACUACUUGGACCUAUCUCGAACCAGGAUAUCGCAAAUCUACGAGGAGCUGCAGGUGCUGGCAAUGCGCAAACAUCCAAUGUCCUACCUGGACUCACCAUAUCCGCGACGCUCGAUGCCGCCGAUAUCCAGGCAGAAUUCGAGAAAAAAGAGAACAGGCAGCGGCGCAUAUUCCAGACCUACCUGUCCGAGCGGCGUCACUACGCGGCUACAAAUGACUAUAUCUUUACCUUGUUGUUGCAGGAAGAGCUCCCAACGUCGGCGGCUACAGAUGCCUCCAGACUUAUUCGGAGGUCAUUCCUGGAAGCCUUUGGAAUGUCUCCUAAGCAGGCCCAGAAGUCACCCGCCGAUACCCCUACCAAAACGUUCCAUGCCCUGGCUUCACAAUACCUGAGUCUGUUACCAGACUCCAUUCAACGUGCCAAGACUCCCCUCGACAGUGUUGUGCAAGACAUGACCGAGGAGAUCCAGGAGCAGUGGACCCAGACAUGUCUGGCCGAGACCCUACAUCGGAUGAUUGUGGCAUUUCAGCUUCUGGAUUUGUCAUGUGACGCUUUCGUAUCAGAGGAUCUCGCCAAGCAAUGGUUCUCGCUUGUCGAAGAAUUCAGCUUCUUAGAACAGUUGCAAGGGUUCCCGGGUAGCAUCUCAGAUUUGAUGGCUCCGUUGCAAUGUCUCGUUUGCGUUAUAUCUUUGUCAGUUCUCAACCUUCCAAGGAUGAUGGCCUUUUUCGAAGGAGAGAUAGAUCUCGAUACGGAAACCGAGUUUAUCGCAAUAUCAAGCGUUCUCGAGCGGAUACAUGACGUACUCGAGGGCGCCGUCACCUUGGGCUCGGCAUACUUGGCACCAGUCUUAUUUGCAUGGGUCCCAGUCGUGCAUGCCAUGUUCUCAUCAUAUCAAGAGCGGGCUGAAAAACGGGAUGCUAUUCAGAAUGAGAAGGCAGUCGAGAAUUACGAUUCGAACACGCAGAUGAUCCCCAGCGCUGGCAGGAGGAAUUCUGCUGGGAGUAUCACUACCAUCGACAAGAGAAGAUAUGACGACUUUCUCAUCAACAGGAAUCUGGAUCGGGAUUUCCAGAGGAUGCAGCUGCUCGCAGUGGUUGUGACAGACGAGGCAGAUGUCUAUGACAUUAUUGCCACAAUGGCAUCGUGCCUUGGCCCGACAGAUCAGGCUUUUUUCCCUGCUUCGGUGAGCUCCCGAAUGAGAGCAGCUUUCUUGGACGUGCUGAAAGCCACCUACCCCUUCGUAGGGUACAAGUCUGAACCUGUCAGCGCCUUGUUAUCAGUCCUGUCCGGUGGUCAAGGGUACUGGGACCUUUCGGCCCCUGGCAGUGUUCGGCAGCAAGAUGUCCUUGCUCUGGCUCUGAAUGACCCAGUGAUUGUCGAGGGCUACUUCCAGCAGGCCCUUGACCGCUUCCCAUACGAAUUUCUCCCCUUUAUCAAUCUAUGUCGCACUCUCUGCUGCUCUCCAGGCUCGCCCGACAGUGCUAACCAGGAACUGAUUCUCCGGCUGCUGCAAAAAACCCCGACCCUCACUUUCACUCUACCGGACGAUUUCACUGAUUAUCAGCUCGCCCACGAGGAUGAGAACACCAAUGCCUUUCAGUUCAUGGACGAUUUCCCUCUCCUUUCGCAUGUUGCCAGUCGCAAAAGACUGACCAUGGAGGAGGAGCCAUUUGCAAUCCCAGCGGGGACGUACGGUCGGUUCAUCGUUGACGAGGGGCGAAUAGUCCGGGUAGAAUAUGAACAUUCUGCUCUGGCCCUACUCGGCAAACGGUUAGAGGCUAACCUCUCUGCCAACAAGUACCGCCUGGAACUCGGCAUGCUUACCUUUGACGAAACGGCAGAAAUCAUCUCGUUGUUAGCAACCUUGAUACGGGUCGAGGUCCUUAAAGCCUCAGAAUUAGGCCACAACGCUGCGGAAGCCUCGGAAACUGGGCUGGCCAUCAUAGCCGAGAGCAGCCGAGUCCUCCCACGUACGAAAGACAUAAUAACGGUGGUUUGUGACACACUAGACGCUCUCCUGGAUGGAGAGCCGGAUAGCUCUGGUCUCACGGCCUUGACAGCCUGUCUGCAGUUCUUGCACUCUGUCUUGCCAAUAUGUCCAGGAAGAGUCUGGUCAUACAUGGCAAGAUGCGCACUCCUUGGCAAUCAAUCCCAAGGCGGCCGACUAGCUCGACUAGUAGGCAACCUUGACCUCUCCGAUGUCCAGUUCGACCUCUUGAAAUCCUCUAUGCGGCUCUUUUCUAGUCUCACAGACAGUGCUAUGGCCAGUUCAGUGCGACGAAAAUUCAGUUCGAAGACCACUUCCCGACAACGCUCGACAGAGAACGUCUGGCUCGGCGUUUCAGACAAAAUCGUCGCCCAAAUAUCGCUUGCCAUUUCACAAGCGGCUGUGGAUGUUAUGGAAAGCUCUUCUACUUGGCGAUUCCCCUCCGACCUGGACCGCAUGAUCAUCGUCCGUGACGUCGUGCCGCUGAUGGACAAGGUGAUACACUAUUCGUUCAGCAUGGACGAUAUAACUGCAAAGACUGCCUUGAUAUAUGCACUGCAACCAGCUGCUAAAUAUGUCAUCGAUAGUUUUCUUGCUCCCUCUGCGGGCAGUCUCCGUGUUCUGCCGCUUCUGGCGACAUUAGUCGCGGCAACACAAGAACCUCAAUCUACUAUUUAUGCGAAUCGGUCACAAGUAUUUCGGACCCAAACACUUGCCGCUCUUGGACUCGCAACAAGUUUGGUGAGAGUGGCGAACUACUUCGAUCGGUCUUCGACGACAGUCGAGCAUCAACUAUUCAAAGCAGCACCAUUUGUCGCUCGUAUAUGCGCCCGCGACGAUGCGUUCAAAAGGUCCGCCGUUGAACUGCUGGAAUCGCUAGUCAUCAGUGCUGGAAAAACCAUCGGAGAACCGCCGUCUCUACUUGGAUAUCUCGGCCCACAGAUAUCUCGGUCCUUCCUCCAACUCCUGUCCACUUUGGAUCGGCCUUUUGACCAGGCUCAGGAGGCCAACACCAUAUGGCAUUUCUUCUCCACUAUUGUACGCAACAGACAGCAGUGGAUGGCAAACUGCCUUCUCACGGGCAAGACCCCACGCGAUGCCCGAAAUGGUAACAACAAGGCAGCGGAAGCUUCGUCAAGUUCCGUUCUCGCUUCUGCCCUCGAAAGGCUUGCAUCCAUAGCAAGCCUUGAGAGCUCGGAAGCUCUCGCCAUCCUGGAUUUCAUCACUUCGGCCCAGAACUACUGGCCUUGGACUAUCUUCACCCUGCAGAAGAACACCAAGUUCCUGACCGAGCUUAGAGCCUUUGUCCGAGACCUGCAACCCGCCUCUCUCACAUCCAAGUCGAAUGUCCUGCAGGCCUGCAAUGAGGCUCGGAUCGCCGCCUAUGUUGCAGAAAUAUUUGCCAUGCAAUUCUUCCAUCUCCGACAGAUCGAUCAAGCGGGUCCCUUUGCUAAAGAUUUGACUCAGGACUUGGAUUACUACCUACGGGACGGUGUCGCAGUUUCGGGUUACAACAGAGGCCUUCAUGUCAACUUCGCCCGGAACUUCGGCAAUCAGUAUCCUGGCUGUUCUCUGGACAAUUUCAAGCGGACCUUGUUCGAGCCUCGUUCGCUUGGACUGAGUUUCUAUUAUGCACUUGGUUCUGCGGACAAGAUGCUCAAAUUUGACCCAGGCUGGAUAGGACCACGUAACAAUGGAUUCAGAAGCGAGAUGGAGAAGGCCAACGCGAACCUGUCCUUGGUCGAUGCUCAAGUGUCUCUAUACCACUCUUGGGAAUUUCUUCUACUCGAACUCAGCACAUGUUUGCCAAAGAAUGACACGUUGAAGAAGCAAUCCCUACAGGUUGCCCAGCAGUGCCUGGAGGCCAACCAGGAAACCCACUCUCAUGACCAAGUUUUCGAGCGGCUUGCAGAAUCUCGAGUCAAUCUAGCGCUCAUGCUGGUACAACGAGUUGUUGACAGCGCUCCGUCUCCGGGCGACGUUGCCCAACUUCUGAACGCCAUAUGGGCAACAGUGAGCAGCUUUCCGGAACCGUACGCACCUCAGAACAUUGCAUUGUACCGGACGCUCUUAAAAUUGCUCUAUGUCACAUUACGAGCACAAGUUCGGUCGUAUGCUCACAUCGACCUCAAAGCUUCUAUGCGAGAUAAUCAGGGAAAUAGUAUAUCGACUGCUACGAUCUCACAGACAAUCUUUAGCAUUCUGGACACCGUCGUUUCAAAGGGGUUCCGAACUGUAGUGUCUUUGAUUCACGACUCGGAGUCUUCCAUCUCAACGGAGGACGUCGCUAUCAUAAACGCAAUCCUACAAGCUUGCCUCUGCGCGCCCGGGAUGGAUCAGAGCCAGACCCAGAUUCUGAACAUCAUGGCUACUCAUGACGCUGUGCAGGCCGCAGUAUCGCUGUACUCGUGGGCAGAUAAGCUUGCCGAACAAGGCGAUCCCAUUUACGGCGAGCUGUCGCUCCUCUUCCUUCUCGAGCUGUCGGCGUUGCCCCUCGUAGCUGAGCAGUUGGCUUGUGAUGGUUUGCUGAACCAUCUCACCUCGGCUAACUUGGCCGCCUACUUACGUCGGCCCAACGUGUCGCCAUUUGCUGACUCGGUUGGGCCACAGCGAUGUUACAGCAUAUGGGCCAGGGGCAUCGUGCCUAUUCUCCUCAACAUCCUAUCCGCCUUGGGGGCCACAAUCGCCCCGGAAGUAGCGUAUGUGCUGAAUCAAUUCCCGAACCUGAUGCAGUCUAGCAUGGAACGACUUGAAGCACCCAGUGAUAGCCGGCGACGAGGCCGUGACCGGGCCUACGUCACACUCCUCUCCGUGUCCGAGAUACACUCGUUGGCUCUCAUAACGCGUGUACUCGGCCCCUUGCGCACCAACAAUGCCAGGGACGUGCCGGCGGUCGAGUGGGACUCGGCAACACUCCUAGAAAACGUCGAAUGGUGGCUUGACCACCGCAACACUCUGAGGGACAGGCUGGUACCUCUGGGGCCAAGGGAAGCGGAGUGGAAGACCAUAGCGCCUUCCGAUUGGGACAAGAAGCGUGGCUGCGAGAGCAGGCUCGAGGCCAAAGUGGUUGAACAGCUGGACGUGGUCCGGACUGUACUCGGUGAGGGCUUGGAGUAA